AUGGCCAAAGGCUUUUACAUCAGCAAGACUCUGGGGGUAGUAGGUAUAGUGGUGGGAGCAGGAGCUGUGGCCACCAUCAUCGCCUUGUCGGUCGUCUAUGCUGAAGAGAAAUCCAAGAACACUGUCGAGGGUGGGCCAGUGACCACCACGGUCAAGCCCUCUCCCACCGAUCCAACCAUCCCUAAUACCCCUGCACCCCCUAAUGAUCCAUGGAACAGGUAUCGUCUGCCUGACUCCCUGGUACCUGACUCUUACAACGUGAUCCUGUGGCCCCGACUGGAGCCAGAUGGACAGGGCAUGUACAUAUUUACAGGGAAUUCCACCGUGAUCUUCAAAUGUUUGAAGGAAACGGACCUGAUCCUCAUUCACUCCAACAAGCUGAAGCUGACCCGGUUCAAUGAUGCCCAAGCCGUGCUGCACACGGUGGACGGCUCCACUGCACCAACCAUAAAGACCACCUGGCUGGAGGAGCCCACCCAGUAUCUUGUGGUUCAGCUGAAUGGAAAACUAACGGCGGGAAAGUCCUAUGGUCUGUACACUGAAUUCACGGGAGAGCUGGCUGAUGACCUCGGAGGCUUCUACAGAAGUGAAUACACUGAGGAUGGAGUCAAGAAAGUUGUCGCCACAACUCAAAUGCAGCCGACCGAUGCCAGGAAGGCCUUCCCGUGUUUCGACGAGCCGGCGAUGAAAGCCGUCUUCAACAUCAAGCUCAUCCACCCAUCCAACACUGUUGCUCUUUCUAAUGGAAAGGACAUUGGGUCUGUAGACUUCAUUGUCAAUAACACCCAAUUCAACCGGACCACAUUCGAACCAACCGAGAUCAUGUCCACCUACUUGCUAGCAUUUAUUGUCAGUGAGUUUGGCUUUAUCGAGGCAAUGGAGGAUGAUGUUUUGAUUCGAAUCUGGGCUCGUAAAAAAGCCAUUGAUGCAGGCGAGGGGGACUAUGCGCUCAAUAAGACAGGACCGAUCCUGAAGUUCUUUGAAAACUACUACAAUUCCACCUACCCACUGUCCAAGUCAGACCAGAUCGCUCUACCUGACUUCAAUGCUGGGGCCAUGGAGAACUGGGGUCUCAUCACCUACAGAGAGACGGCGCUUCUGUAUGAUCCAAAGAUGUCCUCCAACGGGAACAAAGAGAGGAUUGCGACCAUUAUCGCGCACGAGCUGGCUCACAUGUGGUUUGGGAACCUUGUGACGCUGAAUUGGUGGAACGACCUGUGGCUGAAUGAAGGGUUCGCCUCCUAUGUUGAAUAUCUUGGCGCGGACCAUGCAGAACCCGAGUGGGGCUUAAAAGACCUGAUCGUCUUGAACGAUAUGCACAGGGUGUUUGCCAUCGAUGCCCUAGCCUCCUCUCACCCCCUCUCCUCCAAAGAGGAAGAGAUCAACAAGCCAGAACAAAUCAGUGAGCUAUUCGAUGCCAUCUCCUACAGUAAGGGAGCGUCAGUACUGAGGAUGCUCUCUGAGUUCCUCACAGAGGAAGUCUUCGUCAAAGGGCUCCAUUCAUACCUGGAGGAAUUUAAGUUCAAGAACACAGUGUACACAGAUCUCUGGAAGCAUCUUCAAAUGGCAGUGGAUGAGACCAAGACGCCCCUCCCUGAGUCUGUGCUUGAAAUAAUGAACCGCUGGGUUCUGCAAAUGGGCUUCCCUGUGGUCAUGAUCAACACUGCAACCGGAGCUCUAUCCCAACAGCACUUCCUCCUGGACCCCAACUCUACUGUGGACAGGCCGUCCGAUUACUUCUAUGAGUGGUUUGUCCCCAUAAAGUGGAUGAAGACAGGAGUUGCCCAGGAACAGUACUGGCUGAUGAAGAAAUCAGAUACUAACAUGGACAUGGCAGUGACUGGAGCUGAUUGGGUUCUAGCCAACCUCAACGUCACAGGGUACUACAGGGUUAACUACGACCAAGCAAACUGGAACCGCCUCCUUGAUCAGCUGAACAGAGACCAUCUGGUCAUUCCAGCUGUCAACAGGGCCCAGCUUGUAGAUGAUGCUUUUAAUCUCGCCAGGGCCGAUGAAAUCAGCACGACUUUGGCUCUGAGCACGACUAAGUACCUCUCCAGUGAAAGAGACUACAUGCCAUGGGAAUCGGCGCUCGACAACCUUGGCUACUUUACCCUCAUGUUUGAUCGAACUGAGGUCUAUGGACCAAUGCAGGAUUACCUCAGGAGUAAAGUCGGACCUCUUUUUGAAUACUUUAAGCAAAUGACUUCCAACUGGACCGAGGUACCUACGGGGCAUACUGACCAGUACAACCAAGUCAAUGCCAUCAGGAUGGCUUGUAGCACUGGGGUGGCCGGCUGUGAGGAUUUGACCAGAGGAUGGUUCAGAGAGUGGAUGCAGGACCCCAACAAUAAUAUGAUCAAUGCCAAUCUGAGGACCACGGUGUACUGCAGCGCCAUCGCUGCUGGGGGCGUGGCAGAAUGGGACUUUGGCUGGGAGAUGUUCCGGAACGCCACCAUGGCCUCCGAGGCGGAGAAGCUGAGGUCCGCUCUGGCCUGCACUAAAGAGCCCUGGCUGCUCAACAGGUACCUGGAGUACACCCUGGACCCAAAUAAAAUUAGGAAGCAGGAUGCCACCUCGACCAUUGUGUAUAUCGGCAACAAUGUGGUGGGCCAGCCUUUGGCCUGGGACUUUGUCAGAGCGAGAUGGGAAUACAUAUUCACACAGUAUGGCGGAGGGUCUUUCUCCUUCUCAAACCUUAUUAAUGGAGUGACUAAGAGGUUCUCAACCGAUUUUGAGCUCAAACAGCUGGAACAGUUCAAGGCGGACAAUGCCGAGGGUGGGUUUGGGUCAGGCACACUGGCCGUGGACCAGGCCAUUGAGCGAACAAAAGCCAACAUCAAAUGGUUGGCAGCCAAUCAGAAGCUAGUGAAGGAGUGGUUUCAAAAUGAAAUAGACCCAAAGAACAUCAUCAGAAAAUAAAAAUAUGUGCUUGUAGGAGCAAAUAUAUUUUGUAAAGUAUUUCUUGGAUAAUUUGCUUUUGGAUAGGCUACCUACCUUGUUUUCUCCUAUUUGUGUCUAUUUAUUGUACCACAUUUCCCACAUUUCCCACAAUCCACUAACAUGGUAUUCUGGUAUUCAUGGUGGUAUUCUUUUUAAUUGAACAUAUUAUUACAGGUUUUGGGUCCGCUUGCAUCAAAUGCCAAAAAAAGAGUUCAAAUCUUUUACUUGUCUAUUCUAGACCUACAUUUUACAGUUCUAUGAUAACUUACACUAUCUACAGAAGGAGAACUCUAUUUGUAGUUACUGAGUGUUGUAUUUUCCCUUAACAAGGGAAUGUCUCUCUCCUUCUUGAGACAUCAAGGAUUGUUCUUUGUAGCUUUCAUUGAUGA